UGUAAUGCAUUGUCUCGAUUUGACGUGAGGCGCAGUACUACUCGUGCCUACUCAUGCCAGUUUAAGAAGUCGUCGAAGCAAAGUAAUUUUAUUUGGGCGAUUUAAUGCGGCUUCGUUUAUCACAAAAUGUUUUUUAUGGAUACUUCGUAAAAGUCACGAAUCGUUGUCUUCGUCCAUUAAUAUUUUUGUUUUCUUCGAAAAUUACAUAAUGAAUGUGCAUUAUUCACGGAACGAAGAAGGAGGGAUAUGAACGUCAAAAUCGUAUUACACUAAUAAGCUUGUUUUUUUUUUUUUUUAAUUUUGCCCUUAGACAACGGACAAAAAAGGAAUAUCAAAUUAUUCAUUUUCGAUUUAGAUCGAAAUUCAACUCGAAUUGUCGACUCGGUUCUCACAUGAAAUUGUAAUGAUUAUAUGUAAUACGCAAUUGCGUGCACUUACGGAGAUGAUUGAUUACUGAUUCAUUCGUUGUCAAAUAUGCAGUGUGCUGCCAUUAGAAAUCGUAAGAGUUUUAUGUUCUCUUUUCAUACCUACAAAAUGUGAGAUCAUGUACCUGGAAGCUAUACAAUAGACGUAGAUCUUAAUGUAUUAACAAAGAUCAAAUUUCAAUAUAUUAUAGGUAAUAGAUUGAUUCGAAAGAUGUAUCGUGAAUUUUACAACAGGUCUCGUUUUCUGCAAGUUGAUCAUUCAAAAUUAAUAGUUUAGAUCUUUGCCUCAAGGUUAAAUAAGUGAUUUCAAAUAUUUUUAUAUAAAUAUCUUCUGUUACGGUUUUCGUUAAAUGAUUGUCUCGUUCGACUGCAAACCUUGUUUGUCAAAUUUCGUGAUAUUUUUAGAUUGGAAUUACACUUCUGUUAUUAUAUUAAAAUAUUUUUAACAAUCUAAGGUAACAGAAAAUUAUCUCUUUGACGUGAUUUUAGGAAUUUUUUUUUUCUUUUAAAUUGAUCAUAACCAUGACUUGUGCUAUUUUUAAGCAUAAUGUAUGUUACCGAAGCAAUAGAACUUUAUAACUUGCAAUUUUUAUAUCGAAUACAUGUUAUUUGGAGCAUUGUUAGAGCAUCAUUAUUAGUAUUUUCAAGUACUUGAUUCCCUUGAUCAAGAAAAACAAUUAUUUAUAAGUGAUUUAUCGCUGAGAGAUGCCAGCACCACCUCCGCCUUUAUCAACUUUGACAGAGGCACCUAUGUGCGAAAAAACAGAGGUGAGCGACCCUGACUCUUUGCCCCCUUGGGCUAAAAUCACACUUACGUCUGCAGAGGCAGAAAUUGAAAAAUUAAUUGCAAGAAACGAAUUGAAGGAUGCAGAAGUGACUUAUUUUUGUCAAGUCGAACCGAUUCUCCAAGAUGGACCACAAUGCGGUUUGGUAGCCCUUGCAAUGGCGUCUCAAGAAUAUACAAAACCUGUUUCUGUUAGUCAAUUGCUAGCAGAAGCUAGGGUAAGAGGUUUUACCCAGCAUGGAGAAGUAUACAGUGUUGAUUUUAUGGGUACAUUGGCUGCUGAAUAUUUGCCUGAUCAUAGACCAGACAUUUUAGUUGAUUUGCAACAAUGUCCAGAUACUUUAACUCAUGCUCUUGCCCAUGGAGCAAUGGUUCUUAUUCCAUACGAUUCAGAUUUUAAUCAUGCUCCUUGCUUGAAAAGAGGUCAUAAAGCUCAUUGGGCAUUACUUGUAGGACUUAUAUCGUCAAGGCAAGGGUAUCAUGUUUUAGCACGUCAUGGAAAAUCACGUCAUUUGGCUUGUUGGCCACUACGCGACUUAAUAGAAAGUAAUGGUAAUUUAGAAGAGGAAGGAACUGCGAGACAUGCAGGUGGUUAUGUUAUACCAAAGGGUGGUGUUGGUGGGCAAAGAGGAUUACGUGGGAGAGCAUUGGCAUUGCAUCCAUACAUAUAAGAUGAUGUACAAGAGUUGUAGGAAAUUAAUAUCAGUAAAAAUGGGAAUCAUUAAUACAAUGUUACUAUAUCCACGUUACGCGGUUAAUAUUCGGAAAGUAAGAUUUAAAAAGCUAUUACAAAAGUGACUAUAGUUCUUUGUAAAACAUAAUGCUUCGACUUACGUAUACUCAAAUUAUGCAUUGCGAUUUGCCAAAUGCAAAGAAAAGAAAAGGAAAAAAGAAAAAAAAAUAAUAAUAAUAAAAAAAUUAUAAAAAAAAAAAAAAAAAAAGAAAAAACAAUCGAGAACGAAAUAACACUUCUCCAAUUUCGUAGUAAGUGCAAUCAUAAAUUAUUUGCUCUUAUUUCGCUCCAUUAUGACAUGUAAAUAAUUAUUAUGUCGAUGCAACUUACAUGUAUAUGAGUCAGGUAGAACGUAUGUUUUGUUAUACAUUAAGGUCUCGGUGAGGAAAAAAAUGAGAAAGAAUUUAAAUGCAUUGAUGAACAUCAAACGAUGUGAUAUGCGUGUAUUACGCAAAAUGAGAAACGGACGCAUGUAAUUGUCCGCCCAUGCAUUGAUCUAAACGUAUUAGUUAGGAGUUAUUCAAAUCAAUACUAGCCAAUAUCAAAAUAUUUAAGUAUAUUUAUUUAAUGACAACUUGCAGGGCCUUGAAGGAUAGUUAUUAUGAUUUUUGUUUUAUGUUUGCACAAUUAAUAAAGAAAUACAUUAUUAUAUUACAAAUGCAUAUGAAUUGCGAUAAAACUUAAUACUAGCCAUACCAGUUUAAGUAUAUUGUGUAACGUACAUAAAUGUAGAAAGAUUAUCUCUAAAAUAUUCUUCACGUGUCAACAAUUGAAUUUAUUUAUGGAACAAAAACCUGCAUGUAUCGAGUAAAAUUAUUUACAAACAAUAAAUUAAUCAUUAUUAUACAUUA